AUGGCGUCGUGGGAACCGGCAAGCUCGGAGCAUGAAGUGUUGUUGAGGCGUGGAUUAUUACACCCUCUAGGAGUUUCAUUUCUAGCAAUCAUGCAAAAAGCAUGCACCAAAGCUCAGGCCAAUGGAGGACUUAUAGGAUCGACGACGAGAAGGAUUGCCAGGUUCACUGCGCCAGCUCUUCCAUUUAUCCACGCAGUGCAAUACGAAUGGCUAGUAGUGCUCGCGUUUCUUGAUGAUCAUAUCAGAGUUGUCGCCAGCAUUUUAAAAAACAGAUACCCCUCAUCGACAUAUCUGUUCAGAAAGAUUGACAGGCUUGUUGAUAUCGUAGUAGUUCUUCCAGAAAGGCUUGAUGACACCAUGAGUAACUUUCCAGUGAUUAUACAGCGGAUUCCAUUGCUCGAUAGUGCACUCACCACUCUGAUUUCGUGCAUAAACCUUAUACUAUCGAUCUUCACUCACUGGAGAAUUUCCUAUUAUACGAGGGAGAAGGAUAUAACGGUUGAUGUAAGUUUUGACAACUUCAGUGAUGGCUCGGAUAGAAUGGUACAGCUGAAUACUGAUCAGUUUAAAGAAGAAGUGAAGGAGGCAAAAGCAGGAAUGAAGGGCAGUUACAAAGAUGUUUACGAAAGGGGAAAAAGGGAACUACUCUUUGGGAAGAAAAGAGAGAAUGCAAAUGAUCAAGAUUUGCUUGAAAGUUAUUAUAGCACAGAAGAAGCUUUAGAAUGCGACGACAAUGCAGGAACUGGAAGUGAUGAUAACAUUGUAGUAUCCGAAGAUCCGAUCAUGGAAUUAUUCGAUACAAGCUGGCACAUGAACCCCGCGAAAGCAGGCUCGUUGCCUGCAGGUUCUUUCCCAUUCACAUGA